AUGGCGGCCUAUACAUUCCCUCCGAGAUCCCCCAGGCCGAAAACUGGCAGUCCUGGAAGGACAAGUCCUUCACCGAGCUCGCCUUUGAGAUCCUCUCUCUCUACAUCUCCUCCGCCGAGAUUCCCUCGGAAGAUCUCAAGGGAAUCAUUGAGAGGACUCUUCCACGGCCCGACCUUUGCCUUCAAGGACGUCGCUCUGCAGUUCCUCGGCAACCUGUUCGAGUACUUCCUCGUGAGGAAGAACGAGGGCAAGACGGGACGUGACAGGCAUCACCUUACUGUCGUCGGCGCCACGAGCGGUGACACGGGCUCCGCCGCCAUCUACGGCCUCAGGGGCAAGAAGGAUGUGUCCGUGUUCAUCCUCCACCCCAAGGGUCGUGUGUCCCCCAUUCAGGAGGCCCAGAUGACCACCGUCCUCGACGACAAUGUCCACAACCUUGCCGUGACCGGCACAUUUGAUGACUGCCAGGACAUUGUCAAGGCCCUCUUCGCCGACCCCGAAAUCAACAAGACGCACAACCUUGGUGCCGUCAACUCGAUCAAUUGGGCUCGCAUUCUCCGCCCAGGUGCGCUCCGAGAAGCACGAGGCUCACGGCGCCGAGGGCCGCCGGUGGGCCUCGCCCAGGACGGUGCCAAGGCGCACGAGGACGGUGCCAAGGAGACGCUGAAUCCGGCCAUGGACAUUCUCGUGUCCAACAACUUUGAGAGUCUUCUCUGGUUUCUCGCGUACGAGUUUGCCUCGAGCGUCGGCAUGGGUGAUGAGUGGAACAAGAAGCAGGCGGGCCAGGAGGUCACAACGUGGCUGUCAGAGCUCAAGACCAAGGGCGCUUCGGCCCCGUCUACAAGGACCAGCGCGCGUACGUGCUCGACCGCACACGGCGUCGCGUCGCGCGUCGCUGCGUCGAUCGAGCGCAGCGGGCCCGAGGUUCCGCACAUCUUGCUGUCGGCGGCGCCACCCGGCCCAAGUUUGCCGGCGCUGUUGAGCUGGCGCUCAAAGGACGAGGCCGGCUUUGACUUUGCCGGCAAAGGUGCUGCCGCAGGAGUUUGUCGGGCUCGAGAGCAAGGAGAAGAGGGUGUCGGAGGUGGCGGCCGACUGGAAGCAGGUGCGCACUGUGGUGACGAAGCAGGUCGAGGAGGAGCUCAAAGGCCACUCGAGCUAAAAAGAAGGGGGGAAAAAAGAGUUUCUGCUUCUCCAUCGUGGAGUCGAGGUGCGCAAGAGAGGAACGGGGUCUCGCCAGGGGGGGUUAGAGCGUCGGCAACGACAUGGAAACGCUGA